AUGUCGUCCAUAGGCCCCCAACUCCCGCCUCAACUAAAAAGGAGCCGCGACGACACAGAUGACGAUACGUCAACCACAUCAAACAAACAUGCUCGUCGCGAAGACUCUCUGCAGAACCAAGACGAGAUAGACCUCAAUGCCUCCGGAUCAGACUCCGAAGACGACUACGCACCGAAAAUGCCUGCUGCCGCCGCGGCUGCACGAUCAGUAGGGCCUUCUCUCCCACCACAUCUCACCGCAAACAACAACGACGACGAAAUCAACCUCUCCGACUCCGAUUCAGACACAGACUCUGACGACGACUUUGGACCAUCCCUCCCAUCAGCCUCGGCCCCUCGGCGACAAAUCGGGCCUUCACUCCCUGCAUCUCUCGAAGACGACGCUCCCAAGCGCGACGACUGGAUGCUCGCUCCUCCGCCCUCCUCAUCCACCUUCUCCGAGCGCGACACCACCCGCAUCCGCGCCCGCAAAUUCUCUUCCAAACCCAAGCCCUCCUCCUCCAGCACCCCCGGUGCACCAUCCAUAUGGACAGAAACCCCAGAAGAAAAACUCAAGCGUCUACAAGACUCCGUCCUCGGACGCACAUCAUCCACGUCCGACGGGGCAUCCAACCUCUCAGAGGAACAGCAAAGAAAAGCUCGUCGCGACGAGGCCCUCGCGGCAAACAUCCAGGCCCAACGAGGCAAGACGCUUCUCGAAGAACAUCAAGGCGGGAAAAAGGCUGUGACAGCGAGUGGGAAACCUGAUGAGGAGGAGGAGGACGAUCCGAGCAAGAGGGCAUUUGACAGGGAAAAGGACAUGGCGGUCGGGGGCAGGAUCACGUCGACACAGAGGAGGGAGCUGAUUAACAAGUCUGCGAAUUUCGGGGGCAGGUUUCAGAAGGGGUCCUUUUUAUAG